AUGGAAGCAACAGAAUCCAUUGGGGUGUCUGGAAGAUUGGCAUUAUUAUGGAAGAAAAACACAAUAACAUAUACGGGUUAUGUUAAGAUGCAUCAUUGGAUGGCCGGAAAAAUUAAAGCAAUUAACAGAGAUACAGAAUUUAUCAUCAUCAACGUUUAUGGCCCGAUAACUACAGACAAGAAAAAAGCAGUAUGGUCAGAAAUAAAUCAUUUUUUAACAGAUUUAAAGGCUCCUCACUAUAUUAUUGGGGGAGACUUUAACACUAUUCUGCAUCAAUCAGAGAAAAUUGGAGGUGCAAAGAUAAUGAGACAGUCACAAAAAGAUUUUAUAGAAUGGGUAGAUAAUAAUUAUCUGCUAGAAAUAAAAACUGACAAGAGUUCACAUACAUGGAACAAUAGGAGAUCCGGUUUUUCUAAUAUCUCUGAAAUACUAGAUAGAUUCUUCUUUAAAGGGGAUUUGAUUUCCUUCCAAGUAGAAAUGAAAGCCUCAAUACUCCCAUGGUCAAGAUCAGAUCACUUCCCAGUUUUGCUGGAACUAAUAGGGGAAGUGAAAACCAUUGGGAGACCAUUCAAAUUUGAAAAUAUGUGA